AUGCCUCAAGCAACCGAACUCAAAGCAUGGAGUGCUCUCCAAUCUCACCAUGACAAUGUUGGCCGUAACUUUGUCCUCAAGGAUGAAUUCAAAAAGGACCCUCAACGAUUCGAGAAAUUUUCCAAAACCUUCAAGAACACUGCCGACAACUCGGAGAUUCUCUUUGAUUUCUCCAAGAAUUUGAUCAAUGAAGAUACAAUCAAGGCAUUGGUGGCUGUUGCAAAAGAAGCUGGAUUGGAGAAAUUGCGCGAUGAGAUGUUUGCGGGUGAGAAAAUCAACUUCACUGAAGAUCGUGCUGUUCUUCACGUUGCAUUGAGAAAUGUGACUAGUGAUCCAAUCAACGUGGAUGGAAAGGAUGUUAUGCCAGGUGUCAACAAGGAAUUGAAGCACAUGGAGGAAUUCUCGGAACAAAUUAGAAGUGGAGAGUGGAAGGGUUACACUGGAAAGCCUUUGACUACCAUUAUCAACAUUGGUAUUGGUGGUUCUGAUCUUGGUCCAGUUAUGGUUACUGAAGCUCUCAAGUACUAUGGCGCUAGAGAACAAACCCUUCACUUCGUUUCUAACAUUGAUGGUACACACAUGGCUGAGGCAUUGAGAGAUUCUGAUCCAGAAACUACUCUUUUCUUGGUUGCUUCCAAGACUUUCACUACUGCAGAGACUGUCACCAAUGCCAACUCCGCAAAGGAAUGGUUCUUGAAGAAGACUGAUGGAAAGGGUGACAUUGCUAAACACUUUGUUGCUCUCUCUACCAACGAAGCCGAAGUUACCAAGUUUGGUAUUGAUGCUAAGAACAUGUUUGGUUUCGAAAGUUGGGUCGGAGGUAGAUACAGUGUUUGGAGUGCAAUUGGUUUGAGUGUUGCUAUUCACAUUGGAUUCAAGAAUUUCCACGAGUUGUUGUCUGGAGCACAUGCUAUGGAUAUGCAUUUCAAGAACACUCCACUCGAGGAGAACAUUCCGGUUAUUGCUGGUCUCUUGAGUGUUUGGUAUUCUGAUUUCUUUGGUGCUCAAACUCAUUUGGUUUCUCCUUUCGAUCAAUACCUCCACAGAUUCCCAGCUUACCUUCAACAACUUUCUAUGGAAUCUAACGGUAAGGCUGUCUCUCGUGAUGGAAAGAUUGUCAAGUACACAACUGGUCCAAUUCUCUUUGGUGAACCAGCUACAAACGCCCAACACUCUUUCUUCCAACUUGUACACCAAGGUACUAAGUUGAUCCCAACCGACUUCAUCAUGGCCGCUGAAUCACACAACCCAAUCGAUAACAACAAGCACCAAAAGAUGUUGGCAUCAAACUUCUUCGCUCAAGCUGAAGCUCUCAUGAUUGGAAAAGGAGAAGAUGAACUCAAGGCUGAGAACACCCCAGCUGAAUUAUACAAGCACAAGACAUUCUUGGGUAACAGACCAACCACAUCAAUCCUCGCCCAAAAGAUUACCCCAGGUACUCUUGGUGCUUUGAUUGUUUACUACGAACAUCUCACCUUCACUGAGGGAGCUGUCUGGAACAUCAACAGUUUCGAUCAAUGGGGUGUUGAGCUGGGUAAGAGCUUGGCUAAGAAGAUUCAAGCCGAGUUAGAUGUUAGUGGUAAUGUUGGAGAGCAUGAUAGCAGUACUGGAGGAUUGAUUGCUGCUUUCAAGAAGAAGUCUAACAUCUAA